AAAGACUUUUCCAUCUCAGGACCAAGCUGAGAAAGAGAAAGCAAUAAAGAAAGAAAGAUAAGAAAGAAGAAAAAGAAAAAUAAAGUUUCUUUUCCAGCCUUCUUCAAUAAAUUUUGCCUUUUCUUUGUCUCCUCUUAAUUCAUCAGUUUUGGUUUCGGAGUUUUUGUUAGAUUCAGUUCUUCACGACAUCUGCAUAUGUCUUUGACAAUGGCUGAUGAUGGUGCAGAAGCAGCAGCUGGAGGAAGAAGUAAAAGACAAAACAGCUUAUUGAGAAAAAAACUUGCUUUAGCUGUAAGAAGUGUUCAAUGGAACUACGCAAUCUUCUGGUCCUCUUCACUUACUCAACCUGGGGUUUUGGAGUGGGGAGAAGGAUGUUACAAUGGAGAUAUGAAGAAGAGGAAGAAGAGUUACGAAUCUCAUUAUAAAUAUGGGCUGCAGAGAAGCAAGCAGCUUCGGAAACUUUAUUUGUCUAUGCUUGAAGGAGACAAUGGUACUACAGUUAGUACUACUCAUGAUGAGCAUAAUGAUGAUGAAGAGCAUAAUUGUGACAGGACAAGUAUGAUGCUGUCACCAGAUGAUCUCUCUGAUGAAGAGUGGUACUAUUUAGUCUCCAUGUCCUAUGUCUUCUCUCCUUCUGAUCAAUGUUUGCCUGGAAGAGCUUCGGCGACGGGUGAGACCAUAUGGCUUUGCAACGCUCAAUACGCUGAGAACAAACUAUUCUCUCGUUCUUUGUUAGCAAGAAGCGCAUCGAUUCAGACUGUUGUGUGUUUCCCUUACUUGGGCGGUGUGAUUGAGCUGGGCGUCACUGAAUUGAUUUCAGAAGAUUACAGUCUGCUUCAACACAUCAAAACUUGCUUAUUGGAAAUACCUGUCCACCACAACAAGGAUGAUGAGAAGAAAAUGGGGAUUAUGACCAGUGAAGGACACUUGAUGCUUGAAGAGAAGCAUCAGAUUCCAUUAGGUAUAUCUGAUGAAGACUUGCAUUACAAAAGAACCAUUUCAACAGUACUCAACUACUCGGUGGAUAUAUCAAGUAGGAACGAUAAGACGAUUCAUCACCCUCAACCAAAUCUUGUUUCUUCUGAUUCUGGCUCAAGUUUCUUGCCGUGGAAGAAAUGUGAGCAGCCAAACUCAGGUUUUGGUGAGAACCAAAGUGAUUUGCAGCCACAGUCACAGAAUGUGUUGCGGAAGAUGUUGUACAAUGUCCCUUUGAUGCACGCAAAGAGAAUGUUACCAAGUGAGAGAUCUGCUCUGAAUCAAGAUGAUCCUUCAGACAGAAGAAAAGAGAACGAAAAGUUCAGUGUCCUUAGAACUAUGGUUCCCACUGUCAACGAGGUUGAUAAAGAAUCGAUACUGAAGAACACAAUCAAGUACCUGCAAGAACUGGAGGCAAGAGUAGAAGAACUAGAAUCUUGUAUGGGAUCAGUUAAUUUCGUAGAAAGACAAAGAAAGACAACAAAGAACCUUAACGACUCUGUGUUGAUCGAAGAGACAUCAGGGAACUACGAUGACAGCACGAAGAUCGAUGAGAAUUCAGGAGAAACCGAACAAGUCACUGUGUUCAGAGAUAAGACACAUUUGAGAGUUAAACUCAAAGAAACAGAAGUUGUGAUCGAAGUAAGAUGUUCUUACAGAGACUACAUAGUUGCAGAUAUCAUGGAAACUCUGAGCAAUCUUCACAUGGAUGCUUUCUCUGUUAGAUCUCAUACACUCAAUAAGUUCCUCACGUUGAAUCUCAAGGCCAAGUUCCGUGGGGCUGCAGUUGCAUCGGUAGGAAUGAUCAAGCGAGAGCUGAGAAGAGUCAUUGGUGAUUUGUUUUAAUGUUCAUUCUCAGUAAAGAAUCUUAUUAUCUUAAACUUUUGAUGAAAUGUUAUAUCUCUUUAGACUGUUUUUUUGAACCUAUAUGCGAUGUGCCAUUAACUUUACAUCAAGUUUUCCUGGUUUUUGUAUGUAAAGUUGGCCAAGGUUUGGUUGGAUUUUUCGACAA